AUGAGUAUUAUAAUUGGACCCGCGAUAGCUGCUAUAGUAUCAUUCUUAACUUUAAUAGCUGUUUUAUUGUCAUUUAUUGGACUAGAAAAAUUUGAACUACCAACUGCGGCAAAUGCUACAUUAACCGGAUAUCCAACAUGGCAUACUGAUGUUCCAGAUCUCGAUGCGAAUCGCUUCAACACCAUCUUGUUAUUUUCUAGUGCGAUAUGCUUAUUCGCUAGUAUCUUUGGUUUUUAUUGGGCAUUUUACCCUCCUCAUGAUAAACGUCUCAUUUCCCACUUUCACAAAAAUAAUUCUGCCGUCACAUCUACCCGUUAUUUCAACUUACUUUUAGCAAAUUAUAUAUUUUUUACUUGGCUCACUUUCGUAGCUUACAUGAUCUUUGAUAUUGGGAAAUUAUGGUCCCCAAUCGGUUUAUUAUGUAACGUUGCGGAAAUUUCAUUAUUGGCAUGUAUUCAUUAUGGUGGAUCAAUUACUGCGAUUAAGUAUUGGGUAUGGGUACUUAGAUAUUUAAUUGUCGUAAUUAUUGGCUGCGUAUGGUUGGAUUGGCCUUAUGAUGCUCUUUGGUAUCAAGUUCAAGCUCAAGCCAUAGAGGUGGCUCUUGUAAUCACAUUUAUUCGUUUGUACUUUACCACACGCAGAAAUCUUCACGAAUAUCGUGAGAGUACUCUUCCUUUAAAUACUGAACACGACAACCCAGAGUCCAGUGACCAUUCAGAAGAUACUAUUCCACAAGAACCUAGUUCUGAAUAUCCACUUCCUUUAAGUUUCCUCCCUCAACCAAAACAACUUGUGGGUCUGAUUUUCGCUUCGAUAGUUCAUCUUUUAGGUGAUUCCAUAAUUUUAAUAUUUUUGAAUCAUCCCAAUGC